AUGCGAAUUAGCGUGUCGUGCUCGAGAGCGGCGAAAAAAUCCGUGCUCAGGGGAGCAACUAGCUCACAAAAACGUCACAUAAUGGGUUUUGUCAGAAACGCAUUGGGGCUUGACCCCCCACCAUCCCCUGAUGAUCCAACACCUGAAAAUAGAUUCCAUCCUUGGGAUCAGUCGCCAUCACCUGACCUGCGGGAGCGAGCCGCGACGAUCAGAACGAUGGCGAAAUGUCCAGUGACGGGCAAAGAGAUCAAUUACACGUGUCCUAAAUCGGGUAUCCCCACUCAUCACUCGAGAGAGGCGUGGGAAAAGGACUUGGACUACCAGAAUUCGCAAAGGCCUGGAAUUUUGCGCAAAGUGAAUAUCUAUGAGCAUGACCUGCGGUCCGGACGUGCUUUCCCCGAAUUUGAUUUCCCAGCGGAGCAGGACUUCGAUAGAAUGGUCAACUUGACGAACUGGGACCUGUACUUCUACACUCGUGGCUUUUAUUCGAUGGACACCGAGUUUCAGCUCGCUGCGGUCACUAAAAUGCUGAGCUACCCGCUUACGAUCGGGUCUGUUCUGCACCAGUUUUCCCCUUACUCUCUAAACCCUAAGGGCCCAGUCACUCUGGAGGGCUUAAAGUCGCUGGCGGCGCUGCGAUACACUUUGUAUCCCGAACAGAACCGGAAAGUCGCGACCGCGGCGAGAAACAGUCCGCUUCGGGUCUUCAUUCUGGGUGCUCGCGCUGAGGCCCAGCUUCCGGGUCACGUAUGGAAACAACUUCAGUAUCUAUAUCCUGAAACAGCCAUUGAGCUGCAUUUCGUAGGGCCAGAGUGCUACUUCGAUCGCACUAAACGCGAAUACGUCACUUCUUCCACACCAAUCGUGCAAAGAAUAGACGAGUCUCUCAGUCUCGUCUACCACACGGAUUACUUCCAUGUAUUCCAUGAGGCCCAAGACUUCUUCCCUUACGACCCCUACAACGACGUGUUUUUCACGUUCCAUCCUGGAUUUGCCGCGCCUGAGUCGAGAAAACAGUGGAUGGACAAAACCAUGGCGGCGUUAUUGGAGACCAAGUGCGCUAUUUUCACAACUGGUUUCAACGAAAAUGAUCUAAGAUCUGACGUGGAAGCGGUCCAGUCUGCUUUUGGGAAGGAGGUCGAUCUUCUUAUGGAUCCCGUGAAAAACGUUUUCAACAGCACCAAAUGGGAGCUCAACGACACGAAUCCCCAAGAAGUUUACCAGUUCAACAUGUACAUUGCCGGAUUCCGGGGUAAACGGUACCACGCGAUAGAGGUAUGA